AUGGCGAUGAAGGUAUGGGCCAAAAUUACUUUCCCCGAUGCUAAUGCCGAAGUCAAUAGAACCAAAUCAGCCCUGGAGGAGGUUCAAGCCUUGAUUGAGGUCGAUGGAAUCAACAAUUCCCUAUUUGAGUUAGAAGUAGCUGCCAAGAAGGAUUAUGACUUAGCGCUUGUGUUACAAGAGAAGAUUUGGGCUAAAAAAAUCACGUUCAUCUAUGACCAUUUUAAGAGCUUCCACAAAAGGGAUUUGACAGUUAAUUCAAAUGAUAUUUUGAGCUGCAUCCCUGAGAUCAUCAUUAUGGAUGAUAAUCUGGCUUUAAUGGUUGUCCCAUCUGCUGAUGAAAUCAAAGCGGCUAUCUUUGAUUUAGAUCCCUCUAGUACCCCAGGUCCAGAUGGUUUUCCUGGGACUUUCUACCACUGUUGCUGGAGCAUUGUGUGUCCUAAGGUGUGCUUAGCUGUGCAGAAUUUCUUCUCAGAGGGAGUUAUCACAAAAGGGUUUAUUCCCAAGAUCUUUGCCAUGCGGAUCUCUAUCCUUCUUCCUAGAUUGAUCUCUGAGGAGCAAGACGUUUUUCCAAGGGGAAAAAUAAUCUCCAAUAUUUGCAUGGCCUCCGAACUUGCAAAUUUGAUGCACUCUAAAUCCUUUGGUGGAGGAUUGGCUUUAAAGCUUGAUAUCAAGAAGGCAUUUGAUACUCUUGAUUGGGUGUUUUUGUUUGAUGUGAUGCACAAAUUUGGGUUCUCCCAACUCUUUACUGACCGUCUGCAGCAAAUUUUUCUAUCUUCAAGAUUAUCUAUUCUUAUAAAUGGUGGCCUUGUGGGAUUCUUUGGGGUGGAACGUGGCCUUCGACAAGGGACCCACUUUCUCCCAUCCUUUUUAUCAUUGCUGAAGAGGUCUUGUGUCGCGAGGUGA